AUGGCCGUCCCAUCGCAGCGCACGCUGCGCGUCGUCUGCAUCUUACUCCUCGUCGCCCUCCCCUGCCUCGUCGAGGCAGCACGGAAAAAAAAGAAGGGGGACACGCCACCCUUGCCGUCCGUUCGCUUCUACAAAUCAACAGUCAAAGUCUCUUACGCCGGAGUAGCGAAAAUUCCCUCCACGGCCACGCAAGGCGCGGCUGUUCAGAGCCGACAAGUGCUGGAGAAUCCAAGAAGUCAAAUCGGCGGCCGCCGUCUAUUGGAGGACGACAGCAUUGAUCUUGGAACUCCCGGUACCGAUCCGUCGGCUACCGACCCUGCUGUGGAGGAUGGGGAGCCGAACCUGGACUUUGAUCCUCGGCCGCUGCUCCCGCCCGCGGAGCUUACCGGAGCCACCGCGGACCUCGAGGCGGCCAAGAAGAAGAAGCCCAAGGCGUUUCUAUCGCUGACGGUCGCUCCCUUCUCGCCGUCCGUCCUCAAGAGCGGCGUCACGGCCAAGCAGACCGCCUCCACCGGCACCGCCGCAUACGCAAGCGACUCGAGCGUGCCCGACCCGUCCGUGUGCGCCGGCAGCAACUACGUCGUGCAAGUCGUCAACUGGGCCAUCGUGGUGUUCGACGGCAGUGGCAAGGCGCUCACGGCGCCAUGGCAAGCGCUCACGGCGCCAGUGGCGCUGAACGAGUUUCUGGGCGUGAACCCGUACCGCGGCACCACCGUGGGCGAUCUCGUCACCAAGGCGUCGUGCGUGUACGACUCGGCGACCAAGCGCUUCUUCCUCUCCGCCGCAUGGCUGAUUCUCCUAGUUCUUGGCUGCUCUUACUCUCCACCGCACACGGCUCUUCAUGCUCCCGCUUUCCUCCUUUUCCCCCUCCUUACACUUCCUCUUCCCGUCUAUCUUCCGCAACAGGCGGGCAGCUCUAACGCGUACGACAAGUUCGGCCAGACGCGCACGGACAACAAGGGC